AUGGGUAAAAGAUAUGUUUCUAAACGAUUGAAAAACCGAGAUCUUCGAUUGGAAAAUUAUAAAAACGCAAAAUCGAUAGAUAAUAAUGUACAAACUUCGAUUGAACAUGUAUCAACAACAAUAGAAAAAAAACUAAGAUUAUCUCGUGCUCAGCUUCUUACUAAAUCAACUGCAACAACACAAACCACUAUUGAAGAUGAAGAUGAAUCUGUAUCAUAUGAUAUUCCAUACACAAAUGUUAAUAUUAUCGUUAGUAUUAACAUGAUACUAGAUUUAGUUAAUAAAUUUCGUUGUCCUUCGUGUGGUCGUGUUGGGAAAAUGUCUGAGAAAGUUACUCAACGUCGUGGUCUCUUAUACCAUAUCACAUUUUCAUGUAAGUGUUCAUAUGAAACACAUUUUAAAAAUUCAACAGAAUUGGUUCAUUCAUCUACUUUACGUAUGGAUGAACUUAAUAUGAUGGCAUGUGUAGCAGCUAAUGUUGUUGGAAUGAAACGAACAGGUAUGACUACAGUUUUAGGUAUGUUGAAUAUUUUAUCACCAGUUCAAACUAAAAGCUGGAAAAAAUAUCAGAAAAUAUACUCAGAUGCUUUGGAUGUUGUGAAAGAUAAGAGUCUUCGCAGAGCAGCUAGAGAAGCAAGAAAACAAUCAUCUGAAUCUGCUGAUCAACAAGCAAUUACAAAUAUCAAAGUUUCAGUUGAUGGAACAUGGCUCACUCGUCGUGGUCAUUCUAGUUUACAUGGAAUAGCAACUGUUUGCUCAACAUCAGAUCCUCCAAAAGUAUUAGACUUUGAAUGUCUAAGUCGACACUGUACCACGUGUUCUGGCUUAUUAGGAAUUAGAGAACACAAUCCUGAAAUGUAUGAACAACUUUUAGAAGAACAUAUACAGAGUGGUUGUGAAGCAAAUCAUAAAGGUUCAUCAGGUGGAAUGGAAGCUGCAGGGAUUGUAAAAGUAUUUCGUCGAUCAGAAUCUAAAUAUCUUCUACGAUACACCACAUACAUCGGUGACGGUGAUGCUAACAAUGAACGUGCACUUCGUGAUGCUCAACCAUACGAAGAUAUUGUUAUUAAACGUCUUCAAUGUAUUAAUCAUUUUUCAAAACGAAUGCGCACUGCUCUAGAAACACUCAAGAAAAAACAUAAAGGUGAUAAAUUAGAAGAUGAUAAACCAAUUGGAGGUCGAAGUGGACGUUUAACUGAUGAUAAAAUUCAUCAAUUAACUGUUUAUUAUGGUUCUGCUAUUAGGUCUCACGUGAAUGAUUUAGAAUCAAUGAAAGCUGCUUGUUGGGCUACAUUCCACCAUUACAAUUCUACACGCGAAAAUCCUAAUCAUGAUUACUGUGACCCUACAAAGUGUCAUAUAUACAGAUACAAAUCAUUUGAUACUAGCAAACAUACUAUGGCACCUGCAGUAAUGAAGGCCAUUCGGCCUGUUUAUGAAAAGAUGUGCUCUGAUGAUACAUUAUCUAAAGUGGUUGAUGGAGGAACAACCAAUCCAAAUGAAUCUUAUCACAGUUGUAUUUGGUCCUUGUGUCCUAAAACACAAUUUCACUCCGCCAAAUAUGUUCAAGAUGCAGCAUCUUUAGCAGCUCUAAUUUACAACGAUGGUUAUCAAUUAUCAAUUAUGGAACUGCUUGAAAAAUGUGGUAUUAAAAGUAAAACUCCUGCAUGUGUUAGUAUGACUAAGUUACUUGAUAAUCAACGGAUAAAAGAAAAUAAAGUCAAAAACAAAUCCACGAAACAAAAAGUACGACAACAACGAAUACUAACUGAACAAAGUCUCAAUAAAAAAGAAAAAUAUAACUAUGCACGAGGAGGAUUCGACUAA